CUUCAUUUAGAAAAAAUAAAUAAAAUAAAAAUAAUUAAAUUAUGGGGCUAUCGAAUUUUUCAAGCCCAGCGGAAGGGGUGCUGCCAAUGCUCGUAAUGAACACAGUGAUGUCAGUUGCUCUCGUCAAGAACAAGAUUAGGUCAGUCCUCGGCGGCGGCGGCGGCGAUCAAGAUUCCGAUGAAGAGUACUACUACGCCGGCGGCGACGACUCGAGGUCCAGAAGGGUGUCCAUCACGCGCUACGAGUCACUAUGUAGAAACCGGUGCGGGUGCUCACAGAGAGGUCGGCGCGGCGGCGGUGAGUGGCAGAGUACGGUGGAGUGCAGUGUGUGCUUGAAUAGGUUCGAGGCGGAGGAGGAAGUGAGUGAGCUUUCUUGCAAGCAUUUCUUCCACAAAGGUUGUCUCGACAAGUGGUUCGAUAAGCAGCGCGUGUCUUGCCCUCUCUGCCGUUCCAUUUUCUGAAUAUAAAAAAUAAAAAAAUAAAAAAAAAUUAAAUGUAGUCUGCUUUGGAGGGUUUUAAUUAUUAUUUUUGUUCAUUAAUUCCCUUCAUAUAUUAAUUUAGCAGAAAAUACAUAUAUAAUACAAGGGCAGUUUCGUCUUAAAGGUUUUGUAUUUUCUGUGUGUGUUUGGAGAAAUUUAUUAAAAUAACAUAUACAUAAUACAUACACUAGCAAUAAUCUUGACAAGGGCUAAUUAGUAAUUACGGAAUUAUUAUGUAAUAAGUAGAAUUAAGAUCAAAGCUAGCCAUUCAUGGACAUCCAUCUGUCCCCAUCGAACCUCCGAUGCUCCAAUGCGAUGAAGGCCUCCGCCUCAACAUCGAUGUUUUGUUUCACAACCGUCUCGUUAUUACAAUGGGGCCCACUUGAUGAUCCGUGUAAUGAACUAGGUUUUUUAUUAGCACGAUCGAUCGGAACCGAAUUGUCCAGCACUACUAAUGUGUGUGGCAUGUGCUCGAGUUCGUAUUGCUCGUACGCGUGGUCUCGUGGCCUACGCACUUGGUGCUUUGUGUUGCUUUUCUUUUCCAUUUCUGUUUUUUUGUUAAAUAAUCUAUCUUUCUCUCUCUGU